AUGUUCGCCCGUAUCGCCAGGUUGCGAUUCUUAGCACUCCUUACAUUCUCUUCAUUGACAGCUGCUAGAGAUGACUCUCUGUUCACUUCUUCCGUGACUUAUUGCUCACCACCUGAGACUCUGCUCAUUCAGCAAUUUGACAUCGCGUACUUCGCAAAGAAUCAGUCCAUAUGGUUCAACAUCUCCGCAGCGAGUGUCGAUCCCAACGUCAAUGUGACUGCCAAUGUAAUGCUGAACGUUUAUGGAAUGCAUCCUGUGAACUUCACUGUCGAUUUAUGCUCGUUGUUCAGUGGUGCCCUGUGCCCAUUGCCGAUGUAUAACUUUACCGGUUCCGACUCUAUCCCUAUACCAUCUUCCCUUGGUGUUUCCGACAAGAUCCCCAGCAUCGCUUUCCAAAUUCCGGAUCUUGAGGCAUAUGCACAAUUGUCCCUCACAGAAGUGAACACUGGAGUCCUUAAGGCUUGUGUUCAGGCAACCCUUUCUAAUGGCUGGUCAACACAUCAAGUAGCCGUGGAAUGGGCGACUGGUGCACUAGCACUACUUGCUCUUCUGUCUGCGUUUUUCUCCUCGUUUACGCCAGGCACCCUGGCACCCUUCCGUCUUUUCGAUCUUCUCUAUCUAUAUCAAUGGACUGCAUCAACAGCACUCCUGGAUCUUAACUAUUCAUCAGUCUAUCGGGCAUUUACAAUCAAUUUUGCAUGGGCGAUGGGUUUAUUCCCCGCGUCCGCGACCUCUCCCAUUCAGACUUCCAUCAACAACAUGCGUCACCUCACCGGAGGCAACAUGGCCGAUGCCACUGGAGGUUCUGCGGUCGCUCUCGUGAACCGCAAACUUAGCCCAUACAAUGCCAUGUCUUCGUCAACUUUUUCUGCUUCUUCGGAUCAAUAUGCGGGCAUCGGCACAGAGAACCUUUGGGCGUCUUACAAUACGAGUUCGGCCAAUUAUGUCUCGGAUAUCUCCGUCGCCUCUGUUCAAGAGCUCUCCGCCGCUGGCGAUGUACAACUUGUGACACCGUCAUCUGCCAAUGUCCUGCAGGCCGGUGUACCUAUCUAUGUCAACUCUGUUGGCAUUGCCACGGCUAACUCUUUCAUGACCGUCUUCCUGGUCGUCUUGAUGAUCGCCGCGACAUUGCUUGCAGUCCUCUUCAUUGGUUAUUGCAUCCUUGCCGCAACAUCUCGGUAUAGACGACGGACAGGAGGGUACAUUGCUGACUGGCAUCAUCGAUAUUUUUCAUUUGCCCGUGCCUGGCUGUUGCGCGUUUGCCUGAUAGUAUUUACUCCAGUGGCAAUAUUUGCGUUCUAUCAGUGGACGCUCAAGGAUUCAUGGUUGUCUAUAUUCCUUUCAGUAAUUUUGUUCCUUGCGGUGGUUGGCUACAUCUUAUAUUCUAUCGUCCUCGUACAUCGCCUGGCCCUUCGUUCAGCACCCUCUGAACUGUAUACGCAACCUGAUCUCCUAGCUUCUCAUGGUCCUCUGUACGCCAUAUACCGCCUGGAGCGAUUUUACGCGACUACUCCCUUGAUAUUGGCGAUUUUCGUGAAGGCUCUUUUUAUCGCCUUUUCUCAAGUCAACGGUGUCGUGCAAAUCGUCGCAAUCCUCGUUGUAGAAUGCAUGGUCCUUGCCUCUCUAUUAGUCCUUCGGCCGCACAAAUCAAGAGGUGCUGAUGUCCUCGCAACUUACCUGGCGAUUACCAGAGUACUUUGCACUGGUCUCAUGAUCGCUUUUUUGGAGAACUUAAACCUAGGGGCAAUACCUCGCGUUGUGAUCGGCAUUGUGAUAGCUGUUAUCAUUUCGGUUGCGGUCAUCGUCAUGUUUAUCAACACGCUCGUGAACAUGGGCAUCAUGAGACUUGUCCCGGCACACUAUAGACGGCGGCCGGGUGCCACACCUGGUGGUUUGGAUGCGGAGAAGGGUGCUGAAAAUGACGAGAAAGACUGGCGGCCGCGGAAUCCCACGCCGGAGCGGAACAUUCCUCUGGAUCCUGAUGUCAACCAACCAUAUCCAGAUAGCCCUUCCCAGACUUUGACGGACCAUCAAAGUGUGUAUUCAGAAGAAUCAGGGUCAACAACGUUAGGUUCACUGCUCCCACGGCGGUGGUCAAUCCAACAAUCUCAACCCUCAAAUCGCUCGCGGUCCAACUCUCAAUCGCAGUACUCGACGAGUCAAUCAAAUUAUUCACCCUCUCGGUCCAAUUAUAUAUCAAAUGCAUCAUCACCGCGGCAGUCCAUACCGCCUUCGCCGCUGCACACACAAUCACAAUCACAUAGCAGACAGCCCACUAUAGACGAGCGCCCUCCAUUUCCAUAG